AUGGGAUGCCCAGCCGUUGACCUAGUGAGACUAUUUGUUACUUGCCUCAGUGGAAAAGACAGAAGACGAUACUGGGUAGCUCUGAUUGAAGAGUUCUAUGGCUAUCUAGUAGAGGAAGUCGGGGACAAGGAGAUGCCGUUUACGCUUGAGCAGCUCAAGGAAUCAUACUAUCGCUUCCUGCCAAUGGGCGCUUUUAUGAUAAUGCAAAGUAUUGGACCUCUCUUCGAUGGAUUAUGCAAAAAUCCGGACGAAUUACAGAAAGCGAAAAGCUUAGCUGUGGUUACUGAGAAAACAGAGUCUGCUGGAUGA